AUGGGUCUCUUCUCUAGUUUCCUCGACUCCUUCUGCGAGCACUGCUCCUCCCAGUCCAUCUAUACCCUGGUGGCAGUCGGCGCUUUGUCCUUCAUCGCUCUCUCCGUCGUGAUCAACGUUCUGCGUCAGCUGCUGUUCAAGAACCCUCACGAGCCCCCCGUUGUCUUCCACUGGUUCCCCUUUAUCGGCAGCACCAUCAGCUACGGUAUCGACCCCUACAAGUUUUUCUUCAACUGCCGCGCAAAGUACGGCGAUAUCUUCACGUUCGUGCUCCUCGGCAAGAAAACCACCGUCUAUCUAGGCACCAAGGGCAACGAGUUUAUUUUGAACGGCAAGCUGCGCGAUGUCUGCGCGGAGGAAGUGUACUCUCCGCUAACGACCCCUGUAUUUGGCCGCCAUGUGGUCUACGACUGCCCCAACUCCAAACUCAUGGAACAGAAGAAGUUUGUCAAAUUCGGUCUGACCUCUGAGGCGCUUCGUUCCUACGUCCGUUUGAUCACCACCGAGGUGGACAAUUUCGUCGAGUCCUCCCACUGGUUCCAGGAGCCCAAGGGCACCUUCAACGUCUCGAAGGCAAUUGGUGAGAUCACCAUCUACACCGCGUCACGCUCGCUGCAAGGAAAGGAGGUUCGGGAUAGGUUUGACUCGACCUUCGCGGAUAUGUAUCACGAUCUCGACAAGGGCUUUGCGCCAAUCAACUUCAUGCUGCCGUGGGCACCUCUCCCUCACAACCGCAAACGCGACGCCGCACAGAAGCGGAUGACCGACACGUACAUGGCUAUCAUCAAGGAGCGCCGGGAAGCCGGUGUUGAGAGGGACGAGGAGGAUAUGGUGUGGAAUCUCAUGUCGUGCGUUUACAAGAAUGGCACUCCCGUCCCUGACGAGGAAGUCGCCCACAUGAUGAUUGCCCUCUUGAUGGCCGGCCAGCACUCCUCGUCCUCGACCGCUGCCUGGAUGGUCUUGCGCAUGGCCACUUGCCCCGAAAUCAUGGACGAACUGUAUGAGGAGCAGAAGCGAGUCCUGGGCUCCGACCUCCCCCCUCUUACUUAUGAGAGUCUGCAGAAGCUGGACCUGCACGCCAAGGUGAUCAAGGAGACGCUUCGCAUCCACGCGCCCAUCCACUCGAUCAUCCGUGCCGUCAAGAACCCCAUGCCCGUUGACGGAACCCCAUAUGUCAUCCCCACCACCCACAACGUCCUCUCUUCUCCCGGCGUCACGGCUCGAUCAGAGGAGUUCUUCCCCAACCCACUCAAGUGGAACCCUCACCGCUGGGACGAGACCACUGUGGCCGAGGAGGAUAAGGAUGAAGAGCAGAUCGAUUACGGAUACGGUCUGGUCACCAAGGGCACGAACAGCCCAUAUCUGCCCUUCGGCGCCGGUCGUCACCGCUGCAUUGGCGAGCAAUUUGCCUAUGUGCAGUUGGGCACCAUUCUGGCUACCUUGGUGCGCCAUUUCAAAUUCUCCAACCCUCCCGACAGGUCUUCUAUCCCGGACACGGACUACUCGUCGCUGUUCUCCAAACCCCUCGGCACGUCAUUUGUGCAGUUUGAGAAGCGUGGAUAUAAAGCAUGA